AAAGAGACUAUCCGGUCAAGGAAGCUGAGAGACAUUGGUAAAAACCAUAUCUAAAAUUGACAGAAAUGACUGAAGGUCUAGGAGUAGAUACUACAUUUUGAAUUUAGGAUGGACAGAUUGUACGAGUCUCUACGGGAAGAACUAAGGCUUUUUGAGGAUCAAGUUCACAAGUGUCGUGUGAACUUUGACCUCCCGACUCUGCAGAGAGUGCUAGGUCUGCUUUCUGAAGUUCACAAGACACAGCUGGAUAGCUGGAAGAACAUAGAGAACUUUGUGAAGGAUGGAAACAUCUCUGGAGACCAAGAAGGACAGUUUCGGGACUACCUUUCCUGGCUCUUGUCCUACGUGGAUUAUCUACGCUCUAUGAAGAACUCUUUUGAUGAUCACGUUGUAUUCCCACUUUGCGACAACCUCUAUGUGAAUGAUGAGGGAGAUGCUUUGCCAGCCAAUGGUUUACAGUUUCCUCUGGCCCCGACUAACAUUGCCGCUACGACUCGACAGCUUUUUCACCACCGGCGUACUUGGGCCCUUCUGCUAAGUGCUAGAAACCAUGAGCAGUCUCAGCAAAUCCAUGGACCAUCUCACUCAACUCUGUUGAUGCACUGUAUCCAAGAUAUAUUUGAGGAGAGUCUGGUAACAGCUAAACUAGCAAACCAAUGGAUCUUUCUUCAUGAAACAUAUUAUAAGGACAACAUGCACACCCAACAAGCCCCUCAAGUGUGCCUGAGCAGUGAAUUCCAGAACGGCCUUCCUAAAGAACGUAAAAACUGGAGUGAGUCUCGAGAUAUUCCUGAAGGUGACCCGGAAAUUCAAUCUCAAGUGAAGGACAUGAGGGAGUACAUGAUGUUUUUGCUCUGGAGAGCUGGUAGAGCUGAGGCUCUAGAAUUACAAGUGAAGGACGUUAACCAGAAAGUGCAGGUUCUUCAGGGCAAUGUCAAUGACAUGCAACAGUUACUUCCGGAGGAAGGACCAGAGAGUCGGGAGAAGGUAGAGAAACUUAAAAGACAGCUAGACUUAGAACGAUUUCACCAGCAAAUCCUGAACUCUGAUUGGCAGUUAGAACUGGAGGCCCGUCCAUCUCUAAUCAGGCAGAUUGAUACAGUGCGUGAACGCUGUGAUAAGCUAGAAGCAGCCCUGGGUCCAAGGAAAGAGAAGCGUGAGGCGUCCCCACCAGAUUCUCUGGGAGCACCUAGUGACACCGAUUGGGACAGCAGCUCUGUCUUCUCCCAGACGUCCACACGAACAUCUGACGUCUUCACCCCCCAAUGAACGCAUAGACUAUUUCUCUGGGAGGCCUGGGACAUUGACAAAGACACAAAACACUUUUAUCAUCAUAAAUAUAUACCAUCAAUCUUCUAAAUAUAUUGUGAACAGUAACAAACGUUUUUUCACCACUACAUUCAAAACGUGUUACGACAUUCGAAUGAAACACGGAACCAGACACAGCAAUGAGAAUGAGUUUACCUGGAUUCAUGUUCUAUGACACAGUCUGGAUUUUGAUAGUGUGUACAUUCACAUCGAUAGAAAGCAAAUGCACACCAGGGACAGGGGUUUAUUUACGAGAAACUGGGGAGAAUUGACAAGGAAAUCAUAAAUUGUAUCCAAAAAUAACUGAAUCAUAUUCCAUUAUUUGAAAUGAUUGUAUCAAAUUCUCUAUAUUUUCCAGUUUAUUGAAUAAAUCCCAGAUAAUUUGA